CCGGAAUGCAGGAAAAACUGAACUGUAACACAAUGACUGUUAUUUUUAAAGAGGAUUUGUCAUUCGUAUAUGAGGAGAGAGGGAACUUUGUUACAUAGAUAAAUAGUGCAUCUUACAGACGACAGACACUUUACUGAAGAUAAAUAAAGAUAAAAAAAUGUUUGCUACAUGCCGCUGGAAGUUUAUCUCAAUACUGUUAGUCAAAUUUGAUGAAAUAAUGGUGAUACAAAAACGUUAUCUUGUGUCCCACAAAUUAUUAUCAGACGUCAGUAAAAUUCUAAAACGUCUGCUGUUUGUGAAACCUAGAAGUGUGAAAACAACACUAAUUGAAGCGGAUUCUAUUCCCAUAGAAACACAGAGACUCGGCUUUAAUAUGUGCCGAGAUUCGAUCGGUGGUGUGUGGUCUGAAAUUAGCGAAGACGAGUUCCAGAUCAGAAAGUUAAGUGGUGGUCUAACAAACUAUCUGUACAUUUGCUCACUUCCGUCCAAUGUUCGGGUACCAGACAACCAACCUCAAAGUGUAUUGCUGCGCGUGUAUGGUGACAUCGCAACGUCCAGCAAUUUUGUCGUGCAGAACUCCGUGAUAUUUGCACUCAUGUCAGAAAAGAAACUUGGACCAAAACUGCACGGAAUGAAUCCCAAGGCGCGGAUUGAAGAACUUGUUCCGGCGAGUAGUUUAUCAACAACAGAUUUGCACAAUCCGACCUUGUCCCGGAUGAUCGCCGAGAAACUGGCAUUAUUUCAUAAUUUAGACAUGCCACUAUGUAAGGAGCCACGCUUCCUAAAUGACACAAUGGAUAAGUGGUUGAUAGAAGUUAAAGAAAUAUUAAGCAGGGCUCAUUCUGACCAGGACGAACAUUACAUGCGUGUAUUUAGGGACUACAGUUUAGAAGAGGAACUGCAAACUUUAAAAGAAAUCCUGUCAAGAGUGGAAUCUCCUAUAGUAUUCUCACAUAAUGAUCUCCAGGAAGGAAACAUUCUUUACAAUGAAAAGUGUCCGGACUUUAGAAAACGUAUGACUGUGAUAGACUGGGAAUAUUGUAGUUAUAAUUACAGAGGUUAUGACUUCGGGAAUCACUUUAUGGAAUGGUGCUAUAAUUACAACGUACCAGAAUAUCCUUACUACAGCUACACCGCACAAUAUUAUCCCACAAGGGACCAACAGUACGAGUUUUUCAAAGCCUACUUACAGGCAUCACACUGUGAUAUCGACGACAGUAUACUAGAGAAAAUGUACAUAGAAGCUAACACAUAUGCGCUGGCAUCCCAUUUUCUGUGGGGUCUUUGGUCAAUUCUACAGAAUGAAAUGUCAAAUAUACAGUUUGGAUUCUUGGAAUACGCUGAGAGUAGAUUGAGCGGGUAUUUUGAAAUGAAAAGAAAGUUGCUAUACUUGACAUAAAAUGACUUGGUUCUGUUACUGUGAUAUAAAUAUAUUAACUGUUGAUAAAAACAAUAUGUUUAUAUAUCUGUACUUUACACUGCCAAAUUUAUGUUUAUUUUUGUAAAUACAUGUACUUCGCGAUCUCUUCAUGAUAUCAGUUUCCGCUAGCCUGUGACAAGUACUUCCGGUGUUCAAUACAGUCAUCAUGUAUCUACAUCUACAUGAUUCUUCCAGCAAUCAUUAACGAUUAUGACUGGAAGGCAUAUUGGCCCGAGAAAUAUACGGGUUAGGUCACAUCGUGUACGAGAUGAUUUUGUCAAAGAAUAGCGUCUCGCUGCAUCAAAAUGAUGCAGCCUUCAGACCAAAGUGCAUGUUUACUGUUAAGAUUUAUGCUUUAUGCGUUGAUUAAGACCAGAUUUUCAAAAAUCGACCGAAAAUUGUGCACGCAGUGAGAUCGUUACUGAGGCCAUUCCAUUUUUUCCUUAAUGUUUGGCCGUAAAGUACCAUACCUUUAUUUUUUUAUAUAUAGCUUUUUUUUUUUUUUUUUUUUUGGAAAUGUGUUUUUCUGUUAUUAUGUUGGGGAUCUGGGUUGUAAAGAACAGGGUGGGGGUCCAUCAUUCAUAAGGGGUCAAAGUCACACGCCAAUUGCCUGUGGCUGAAAUCUAAAUCAACGUAAAUUAUUAUUACCUCCCUUAGGUUGUAGAUUAGAAAUAAAUGAAUUUGGAAGCUGCAGUUUUAAAACUUGCCUUUCGGUUCAUUCAUAGUGUUGACAUAUUCAAAUAUCUUUCAAAUGCAAAUGUAAAACUAGAAGUUAUAUGAAAUCAGAAGAAAUAGUCCGUUUUUUUAAUACUGUCAGAUUAAAAGAUGGGUGGGGGCUGAGCAGUAUUUAAAAAAAAAUUUAAGAAUGAUAACACAUACACAUGUAUUUAACUAUGUGAUGGGUCUUUUUGAUGCAUAAAUAAAUCGCUAAGAGAAUGUACGAAAACUGUAAAAUGUCAUAAAAUGUCGCUUCAUGUGACGGACCACUUUUAAAAAUUUUUUUUGUGCAAAACGCGUUCUAUCGCAUUCCAAUAUUUGCCUUGUUUUUCUGUUUGUGAUUAUUUCAAUGAUUUCCAGUUGUGUUAUAUUCUAUGUUGUAUAUAGUACUAAGGUGAUCAGUUUAUGGUGUUCAUUUGAUGUUCUGAAUUUAUUACUUUUAUUUUUAAUGAUAAAAAUGUUGAACUGAAUAAAGCUGUGAUUUAAAUAAGAA